AGCUUCAGUCAGUGAUCGGAUCUCCGGAGAGUCAUGACGCGCUCCGGACGCGCGAGGAUUUUACGCACGGAAUGACCGUGAAUCGUCGAUAAAUGGGGUCCGUGGAUUGGAAAACAUAUCAGCGUUUGCUGAUUUUACUCUGGGUCUUGUCGUUUCCAGGUGUGUUCAGCUUCAGUGAGCUGUCGUUCACCCUCGAGCCCAAGGAUGUGGCGGCGUCUCACGGAGAGCCAGUUAUUUUGGACUGUCAGGCUCGGGGCGAGUCUCCCAUCAGCGUGCGAUGGAGGAAGAACGGCGUCCAGCUUCUCCAGAGCGGCCGCUCACAGGUGUUGUCCAACGGCUCGCUCUGUAUCUCCAGCUCGGAGCGAUCAGACGAGGGCUUCUACCAGUGUCUGGCUCACAACAGAUACGGAGCCGUCCUCAGCCAAACAUCACGUCUCACCAUCUCCAAUGAGCUGAUGUUCGUGACCCAGCCGGUCUCUGCUGAAGUCAGGCUGGGCUCAGUGGCCAGAUUCUCCUGCGCGGUCAGUGCAUCAGCCGUCAUCAGCUGGGAACUCAACCAAACAUCUCUACCUCUGGAUUCAGACAGAAUCACAGUUUUGCCAAAUGGAGUGCUGCAGAUCCAUGAUGUGACGAUGAGGGAUGCUGGCACUUACCGAUGCUUAGCCACAAACCUGUCCAGUCGAGUCAGGAGCCAAGAGGCCGAGCUGAGCAUCAUCCCAGCAUCGGGUCCGAGGCCUCUCGUGAAGCCGCUCAUCAUAGCAGGACCGCAGAACAUCAGCGCCGCGCUUCAUCAGUCUGUGGUUCUGGAGUGUUUGGCGGAGGGAAACCCUCGGCCGCUUGUGUCCUGGAGCCGGGCCGACUCUAAACCCAUAGACGUGUCCGGAGCCAGAGUGCUGGGAAACGGGAACCUGAUCAUCUCUGCUGUUAAAGCUCAUCACAGCGGCACGUACCUGUGUCGGGCGACCACGCCGGGAACACGCAACUACAGCACAGCGCACGGAAACCUCACCGUACUCGUUCCUCCGACUCUAGUAGAGAAACCGGAGAGUCAGACCCGACCCAGAGCUGGUACGGCUCGCUUCAGCUGUCAGGUCGAAGGGACACCUGUUCCCCGAAUCACCUGGUUUAAGAACGGUCAGCUGAUCCACUCCAAUGGACGCACCAAGAUGUACAACAAUAAACUGGUGAUAACCCAGAUUAUUCCUGAAGACGAUGCCUUUUACCAGUGCCAAGCGGAGAACUCCCAGGGCUCGGUUGUGUCCACGUCCCGUCUCAUCGUGGUGCUUUCGGAGGACCGUCCCAGCGCACCGCGCAACAUCCGUGCUGAAACCAUCUCAAGCUCUGCCAUCUUACUCGCGUGGGAGAGACCGCAGUACAACGCAGAUAAAGUCAUCGCCUACUCUAUACACUACAUGAAGUCUGAGGGACUGAACAAUGAAGAGUAUCAGGCCGUGAUCGGGAACGACACGACCAAUCACAUCGUGGACGAUCUGGAACCAGCGCGAAACUACACGUUUUAUAUCGUGGCCUACAUGCCGAUGGGUGCCAGUCGCAUGUCUGAGCAGGUCACGCAGCACACGCUGGAGGAUGUGCCCCUCCGUACCCCUGAGUUGAGCCUGACGAGUCGCAGUCCCACGAACAUCCUGGUGUCCUGGCAGCCGCUCCCUCCCAAACUCAGCCGUGGACGUGUAUCUGCGUACCGUCUGUCCUACCGUACGGCCACGGACGAGCAGCUAAUCUCUGUCGAGCUGCCCGUCCCGAGUGAGAACUGCACCCAGUACCUCCUGCAGGGUCUGCAGCCCGACACCAUCUAUUUGAUCCGAAUGUCUGCGUCGACCCGAGUGGGCUGGAGCCAGCCGUCUGCCUGGAGCUCCCAUCGCACGCCCAAAACAUCCAGCGCCACAGUGCCUCCCGCCCCAAACCUUGAGCUUGAACCUGUGAACUGCACCUCAGUGACGGUCCGUUGGCAUCCGGCUCCCAGCGACGCUGUGCUCCAGGGAUACAAGCUGUCCUUUCACCCAGACGGCCAAUCAGAGGACUCGGUUCUCCAGCUGCCCCCCCAUGACCACCAGCACUCCAUCACAGGACUCAACCCCAGAGUGAAGUACCAUGUGAAGCUGCUAGCGUUCAGUGCUAAUGGAGACGGCUAUCAGGCUCAUCAAACGGUCAACACUCCAGGGUGUCCAUCCGCACCGCACCGGCGUCUGGCUGCGCUGCCGUCUCCUGACCACAUCCACGCUACAGCGGACAGCUCCUCAGAGGUCAGUCUGAGCUGGGGCCGUCCGGCCUUCAGUUCUGGGAAACCAGUCAGUUACUCCGUCCGCUACGGGCCCGUGAGUCCCUCCGACGCCGCGGCCGUGCGCUACGUCCAAACCUCUGAGCAGACAGUAACGGUGACGGGUCUCCGGUCGAACACACGUUAUGAGUUUGCAGUGCGUCUUCAUACGGAUCAGAUGUCCAGUCCCUGGAGCGCCUCCAUCUAUCACAGGACUCUUCUGGAAGCCCCGUCGUCUCCGCCGCGGUCCGUCCGAGUGAGUCUGAUCGAGGAGGACACAGCGCUGGUGUCCUGGAAGCAGCCGGAUCAGCCGGACCUGUCCGUCACACACUACACCGUCCUGUACGCCUCACAGAGCUCCUGGCUCGCUGGAGAGUGGAAGGUCCUUCAGAGAGAAGGCACAAACACGAUGGCUCUUCUGGAGAAGCUGGAGUCAGGAAGUGUUUACCUGGUGAAGAUCUCGGCCUCUAACCAGGCGGGAGACGGCCCCUUCUCCAGCACCGUAGAGCUGCGGCUCACCAGGAGAACACACCACAGUCACGCCCAGAAAACAGCGUUUAUAGCCGGCCUGUAUAACAUAGAUGAGAAGUCCAUGAGCGGCAUCAUCGCUGGCGUGUGCAUCGCUCUGUCCAUCAUCAUCCUCUGCAUCUUCAUCCUCCUCACCAAGAGCACAACACGCAGGAAGUCAGCAUCCUCAAAGAUGAUUGGACGGGUUGGGAAUGAUGUCAUGCGUAGUGGUGCAUCAUCAGCCAAUCAGCAGCAGACAGAGAACGCAGAGGUUCUGCUGCCGAUGAUGAGGACGCACUUCAUUGAUGCCAAAGGAGGAACUAAUUUAAUGAUAAACCACGCUGGACCAAUAAUGAGUGACACUCAGAGCAAACGGAAAAAGAGCAGCAUGUUUAAUAAUAAUCAGAAGUCUAAUGGAAAUAAAAGCAAGAUGGAGGAUCCCGCUGGACUUUAUGAAGUUGGGAAGACGGUUCUGCGUUACGAAGACGAGCAGUCGCGAGUCUAUUGUCCUCUCGGGGAGUCGGAGAGUUCGCAGACCAGCGGCGCAGACUCUGGACACUUCUCUCACGAUGAGACGGAAACCUCCAGUCCUAACAGAUCCUCAGACAAAUCCAACGACGGCGAGGCGUUUUCAAACGAAUGCAUCACGAGCAUCUGCGCGCAAAUUUCAGCCGAAAUGCCUCCGAGAUCUCCCUCCCACCUUCAGUUCACAGCGCUUUGACUGACCUGUCACUCAUGUGAGUGGGCGUGGCCUGUCAGCCAUCCGAAUGGGCGUGGCCUGUCAGUCACGUGAGUGGGCGUGGCCUGUGAUUUCAAGGCCUAUAAAUACAGUUUGCAGCUUUUCCUCAGGAUCAGAUCAGUGAUCUGGAUGUUUGCAGCAAAAAUCUCAACGGUUUGAGAGUUUGAAUAGCUUUACGAAGUCACAGACGUUCUGUUGGCUUUGACAAACUUGCACAGCC